AUGGGUUCAAUUUCUUCUCCAUCUCUCAUCAUUGACCUUGCGAAUGCUGUGUCCUCAGCAGCUAAGAACUUGGACACGCAAUUGCAAUCUCAAGGUCUUCCACAGCCAUCUUUUGAAGCUGAUGGUCCAACAUACGUUGUUCCCAAGGAUGCGCCUAAAGCAGCCCACGAAGCCCGUGUGGCAACCGCUGAGGCAGCCCUGAAACUGUUCAACCUUGUAUCUGGCCCCAGCGAGCUUCUGCCAAACAUGACAGCCAGUUAUCACACCAUCUUUGCCCUUCAAUGGUUGCAUCAUUUCGAUGUUUUCUCUCACAUUCCUCUUGAUGGUACCCUGUCAUAUGAAAAGCUAGCCACCAAAGCCAAUGUACCUGAGUCUUUACUCAAAAGUGUUGCGCGUAUGGCAAUGACAAGCAACAUCUUGGCGGAACCAACCACGGGUCAAGUCGCGCACUCUGCCAGUUCUGCCAUGUUUGUCAAAUUUCCCAACAUGCGCGACUGGGCCUCGUACAUGUUCACUGCCUCAAUUCCGACCGCUGCUGCCAUGGUCCAAGCUACAGAAAAAUGGCCAGGAAGCGUAAAGAAGACCGAGACAGCUUACAACAUCGCAUUCAAUCAUGAUUUGCCCUUCUUUGAUCAUUUAUCCCAGAGCCCUGUCAUGACAAAGCAGUUUUCUGGAUACAUGAGAAGUGUCACUGACGGCCAAGGCAUGGAUCUGUCUCAUCUUGUCAACGGUUUUGACUGGGCCAGCCUGCCGGACAAGUCCCUCAUUGUUGACAUUGGAGGCUCUGCGGGCCAUGCAAGCUAUGCUCUAGCCGCUGCUUAUCCACACCUCCGCUUCGAGGUACAAGACCUUGACACCGUGGUCAACGGAGAAAAAGCAGCCAAGGAGCAUGAAGAAGCAGUAAGCAAGCACGUGCUUGGUACUGAUAACAGGGUGACCUUCAAAGCACACAACUUCUUUGAGGCACAGCCAACCAAAGACGCAACCGUUUACAUGCUGCGAAUGAUAAUCCACGACUGGCCGGACGCCGAAGCAAAGACCAUCCUGGGUAAUCUCGUCCCAGCGCUCGAGUCAGCUAAAGCAACCCUCCUCAUCAUGGAUACGGUUCUGCCGUCACCCGGAAGUAUCCCGUCGGUACGUGAGCGUGUCAUCAGAACGCGAGACUUGACUAUGCGCCAAGUGUUCAACGCCAAGGAGCGCGGUGUCGAUGACUGGGAGGCGAUCUUGCGCGAAACGGAUUCGAGGCUGACCUUGAAGAAUUUGAGGCAGCCGGAAGGGAGCAACAUGUGCUUAUUGACCAUCAGCUUACAGGAUGACUAG